AGUUAUUUUGUGGCCCUGCAGGAGUUCGGUUUGUGAGACAAGAAUCGGUCAGAAUGACGGACGCAGGGUUCUUCAGGGGAACUUCGUCCGACCAGGAUAAUAGGUUCAGUGACAAAGAGAAGAAGCUGUUGAAGCAAAUGAAAUUCGCUGAAGUCUUGUCCAAAAAAGUGGACAUGUCGAAGGUGAAGUUGGACGUCGUGAAGCCGUGGAUUACUUCUCGCAUAACUGAAUUGCUGGGUAGCGAGGAUGAAGUCGUCGUUAGUUAUAUUUUUAACCAACUUGAAGAAAAGCUUCCGGAUCCGAGAUUGAUGCAGAUUAACGUCACUGGUUUUCUCAACGGUCGGAACGCUCGACUCUUCAUGGAAGAGCUGUGGACUCAUUUGGUGAAUGCAGCAGAGAGUCCGACAGGAAUCCCUGAAGCGUUCAUGGAGAUGAAACGACAAGAGCUCAAAAAGCGCAAUGAAGAAGCCGAACGGGUCAGGGAAGCCGUGAAGAACGCGGAGCGUGAAAUGGUGCGCCGGGAGUCUCGCUUUAAUGCCCAAGAAGAAAGUGCACCCAAGAAAUCUUGGGCGGAUUCUGAAAAUUCCAGGACUGAGCGCCCGUCGCGAGAGGACCGAAGACCCAGGUCCCGAUCUUCUUCACCCGGGUACAGGUCCCGUAAAAGUAACGAAAAUCCGAGAAAUAGGUGAGUGAACUGUGUACUCUAUUUCUUUCUCUUUUUUUGCUUCAUUCCGUUUCCCCCUCAUUUUUGGUCGCUGAUGCGAACUUCCAUCGAAGAAUUGAUAUACAGUACUGUAGUCACGUAUUAAAUAAGUAAUGUUGGCCGUAACUGAGGAACUCGCCGAAGAUAAACAAAUGUCACCACUGAAAGACUUCGCCAUUGUGUCCGUAAUCACGAUUAACUAACUGUUCUCGUACCGGCAUUCUUGAGUUUCGGACGUCCUGCAGGUGUCGCUGCAAUCUUUAACCAGGCCAGGCAUCACCAACUUUAACUGAGCGAGACUAAUGCAAGGAGACAUAAUAUUAAUUACCGUAUUAACUCGUCAAGGUCAACUAUCUUGAUGCGCAACUUUCUAGGCCUGAGAAACUUGUGCGCUGGCUAUCAAAUUUUUUAGUUACAGUAUCAAUAGUAAUCACGUGAUUUAUCUUUACCCUACAAUUUGAAUUAUAAUCAAGCUGAGACCUGAGCGAAAUUUGUGUUUUUCGUUGCACUGCUUUGUAUGAAAAUUGUUCAACACAUUUUCGUGGUCCACGUUCUUGAAUACAUGGGAGCCAGCAUUUUGAAUCAAGUGAGAAAGGGAUCGUGAGUCGAAGGCUUGUUAUCUUCCACGAACCUUUAACUGAGACACCUUUUUUAUUUUCUUGUAGUGAUAGAGAAAGGAAAGAACGUCGUCGGUUUGUUGAAGCAGAUCAAGAAGAAAGCAGCAGCGUACCGGCGACUAAUGGACAAGUUGAAGUUCCUGAGCCCGUAGUUGUCAAGGAAGAAGUGAAGGAUGUAGAAAAACCUGACUUCGAGGAUAUGUUGGAGUAAGUUGUUUCUUUUUUGUUUUUAAUGCGCAGGAAGUUGGAGAUUUUCAUUUUCUUGCCUCGGGAAUCGCAUUUUUAAAUUCCUCUCACCUUUUCCUCCUUCGCACAUCAUCAAAAGGUAGGAGGCAUUGAAUUCUUUUGCUGAAAAUUUAUUUUUGGUCUGAAUUUCUUCAAUGGAGAGAAAUUCUAAAGCUGGGAUACGUGUCUUGAAAUGCAUAGUUAAUUGACUGAUGGACUUGAUGCAUUCCAGUUGGAAAUCUGUUGUAGAAGACUGAAGUACAGUAUCCGAGAAAUUUAAAGCUUGCUAAAUUUGUUUUUGUCAAUUUGCUUUCAAACUAUAUGUCAUGUAACUAAAUAUUGUGAAGCUUUGUAGAAAUUCCGAUUCGUUUUCAAUUUUGAAUGAAUACCCUCAUUCACGCGAAUAUUGAGGCAUGUUUUAUUUUUGAAAAUAUUGCUGCCUGAAAUUGAACAAAAUCUUGAGAAGACGAAUCCUGAAAUACUGUAUCGUCAAAUAACUACUAGAAAGAAGAAAAUUAUGUCGAGCGCAGUCAAAAAUGAAAAUAAGGUAAUAAGUUAUUAUUGAUUUGAACCUUUCCCGAAGCAAAUUAACAUUUUGAACACGAGAAACCUCCUGAAAUUCGUUAUCUUGAACUUGAAUUGUUCGUCUUCGAUUUCAUUAUGCCUCUCUUUUAUCCUGUGCACCACUUUAGACAUCUGCCCAAACUUCGUCGAUUUAGAUGGAUUUCCAAAGGCUCAUCCAGGCUAAAAAAAUGUGUCAUUUCCCGUUUCAGUGUAAAUAAACCGGUGUUGAGUCACGGUCUGGCUCCUCCUUCGCCUUGUGCGUCUCCGCCUUUGGAAGCGAAUCCUGCCAUUCCGGAUGGAGUACAAAAGAAAAGGAUAGACGAUGGAAAUGAAGUUGUCAAAGAGGAAAGGAAAUCAAGAUCCCGUUCCUCGUCACCUUCACCGAAGAAAUCCUCAUCGAGGCCCAAGCGGCACUACCGUGACACAAAUCAGAAGGCGUCUCGAUCCAGGUCCAGAUCUAAAUCGCCGCCAUCGAACGGCAAACGUGCUGUGAGUCGUUCCCCAGCUCGGCGUUCGAGGUCCAGGUCACCGAGACGUUCUAGGUCUCGAGCGUCCAACAGAAGGAAUCUCCUGUGUUCAGACGCCGCUCCAGGUCCCCAGUGUCGAGGAGACGGACCAGAUCUCCUGCCCGGAACCGCAGUCCGGACCGUCGUCGGCGGUCUCGCUCCCGAUCUCGAGACCGCGAGCACCGCCGCCGCGUGGAGCUAGAGCGAGAGCGUCGCGAACAGGAGCGCCGGGAACGCGAAAAUGAGCGCCGGAAGCGGGAGAAGGAGCGCGAGCGGGAGCGGAUCCGUCGCCGGGAGCAAGAAGAGGCGGAGCAGAGGGAGCGUGAGAGGGAGCGCGAGCGCGAGAGGGAGCGGGAGCGAAGGCGUCGCGAACAGGAAGAGCGAGAAGAGGAGCGGCGACGAGCAGAAGAGGAGCAGCAACGGGCCGAAGCUGAGCGACUCAGGAAAUUGCGCGAAGCUGAAGAGAACGCCAAGAAAUCUCGGCAACGAUCUCAUUCGCCGUCUUCGAUUCAUAGCUCGGACGACGAAUUUGAAGAAGCUCAAGUAAAGUCCCGGAAGAGACCGAAAAAACCCGAGCGUUCCCCGCCUGGAUCUUCUGAAGGGUCGCAUUCAUCAUCAUCCUCGUCAUCCUCUGAAACCGAUUCCGAUUCCAGCGGCUCAGUCCCACGGAAAAAGAGUCGCAAGACGAAAAAGCGGAAAGACGGCAAGCGUAAAAAGAAGGCGAAGGACGAAGACGACGACAAGAGGAAGAAGAAAUCGUCGAAGAAGAAGAAGAAGAAGAAGGGCAAGAAAAGUAGCAAGAGCCGUGGCGACAAAAAGCAGCCUAGUUUGAACGAAGAAACUGCUGAUCCGGACGAGAUGGAGCGCAUUUUGCGGGAACGCGCUUUGCAGAGCAUGAAGAAUGGAAGACAAGCCAACAAGGCCAGACAAGAGAGCGGAAGCGACUUCAGCGAUGAUUGAAGGAUUUAAUUUCGUAUCAUUUUUUUUUCUGCUCUGGUUUAUAUCGGUCGGGCAUCAGCAAGUGGCAAGAGAUUGCCGUUUGUGAUUUCGCGAUGAUGUCGAGUCCAGGUUUUUCUAUUCAAGGCAAUGAUUUUUUUUCUUGUUGGAUAUCCAGAGAAAUUGCGUUGUUUCUAGCGAUAUUGUGCGUCUUCUUGUACGAUCGCGAAGUAUCUUUUUUUUGUUUGUUGAGCUCUUUGUUCUUGAAUUUUAUGUCGGGUAAAAGGAUCAAUUAUCUUCAAUUGCUCGCGACUGGGGCGCCUUGUAUCCGAAGAAUGUGUGGAUGUUCGUGCAAUGAAGUUGACGAGAAGAAUUGGUUCAAUCUUGAUUUCCCCGCAA